GUCGACGCAGACCAGCGCGUCCAGUCGGUCGGCCAGUCGGCGCUCGACGUACCGCAGGAGGAGAGCCGCGCGAACCCGUCCGAUCGGCAGCGACGCGGUCCGGAAAGGAGAUGCGACCGCGGUCGGUCGGCGGCGCGUCCGCCGGGAGGUGAGCGGCCUCGGGGCGAGGGCCGCGGGCCGCCAACAGGUGGCCGGCAGCGCGCGCGCGGGACCAUGCGGGGCGCGCGGCGCCGAUCGCGCGCGGCCGGCUGAGCAGCGGCAUGGAGGCCGGCCCGGCCGGCAACGGCUCGGCGCGCGCGCCGGAGCGCGACCUGCUGGGCUCCAGCCCGGGCCUGCAGCUGCUGAUCGGCUCGCUGUACGCCGGCAUCUUCCUGCUGGGCCUGCUGGGCAACGCGCUCGUGUGCUUCGUGGUGGCUCGCAGCCGGCACAUGCAGACGGUGACGAACCUGUUCAUCGGCAACCUGGCGCUGUCGGACAUCCUGAUGUGCGUGCUGGCCGUGCCGUUCACGCCGCUCUACACCUUCCUAGGUAGCUGGGUGUUCGGCGACGCGCUCUGCCACCUGGUGCCGUGCGCGCAGGGCGUGAGCGUGUACCUGAGCACGCUCACGCUGACGGGCAUCGCGCUCGACCGGUUCUUCGUGAUCCUGUACCCGCUGCGGGCGCGCAUGCGCGUGCGCAGCUGCCUGCUGGCCAUCCUGCUGAUCUGGUGCGCGGCGCUGCUGCUCACGCUGCCCUACGGGCUGUACAUGCGGCCGCUGCGCGGCGACGACGGCCGGCCCUUCUGCGAGGAGGCCUGGCCCGACGAGCCGCUGCGCCGCGCCUUCAGCACGCUCACCGCCGUGCUGCAGUUCGGCCUGCCCUUCCUGGCGAUCGCGCUCUGCUACGUGUGCGUGGCGCUGCGGCUGCGCGACCGCGCGCGCGCCAAGCCCGGCAGCAAGACCGGCCGCCGCGAGGAGGCGGAACGCGAGCGCAAGCGCCGCACCAACCGCAUGCUCGUCGCCAUGGUGCUCGUCUUCGGCGUCAGCUGGCUGCCGCUCAACCUCGUCAACGUCCUCGAGGACUUCUACCCGGCGGUCAGCCAGCGGUCCUACCACAAGCUGCUCUUCUUCCUCGCGCACUGCCUGGCCAUGAGCAGCGCCUGCUACAACCCCUUCCUCUACGCCUGGCUCAACGACAACUUUCGCAAGGAGUUCAAGCAGGUUUUGCCGUGUUUUGGCGCAAUGUCAAAUCAACGGUUUGUAGAUAGAGGAGAAGAAGCCGGCGGUUUCAAUCGCAGCGAGCGUACCUGCUGCAAUGGAGCAGAGCAAACGACCGUCCAAGAGUGUCUACUGCCACCUCAACUGGCCGCGAACAAGCAAUACUCAGUAUGCGAAAUGAUCUCCCUUGAACCUACAACUAACACGACCAAGGAUGUCAACUAACACUAUCAGGACGAUUCAAGGCGAAGCCCACGUAUAUAAUAUAGAAUAGGAAAUAACAUUAUAAAUAGCUAUAGAGAAGCCGAAUGAAUAACGCACAAAUUAUUUAUCCUAUUGUUCAAAUUAUAUUGAGUAGAUGAUAUUUUGUAAAUGAAUGGGUAUUAUUUGUUAAUAAUAAAUUCGAUUAUGUGUUGGUAAUUUAUAACUUUUUAACACGUAAAAUUGAAAUGAGAAAUAUUGCAAACGAUGCGGACCGGAAAAUAUCCUUAUUUGUAAAGAAUAAUUAUUAGACAAUUUAAUUCUUUAUUUAUUUCUCAAUACUAUUACAAUACUGAACAACGUUUAGACAUGACAUUUUCUAUAUAUUUCGAAAAAUUAUUAAAAGUAAUUUUAAUGAAAUACACACCUUCAUUACAAGUCACUUUUACUUGAGUAAACUUAUUUCUAGUAAGAAAGGGUAAUAAAUGUGUAGACAACUAUAUAUUCUUGUUAUUGAAAUAAAUAAAUAGGUAAACGAAAUAUUCACGUCGAUUUACUGCCAGCUAUGUAUAAUUGUCAUUAAUAAUAAUCUUUCUAGCAAAUAUUAGGUAAAUGUAUGUAUCGCUUAUAAUCGUCGAACUUAUAUCCCACGAUGUCAUUUAGAUGCCGAUGCUUCAACGUAAAAAUGUUACAUGAAAAUAUAAUAAAAAUGGCGAAUUGGCGAAUAUGAAAAUUUUUGAAAAAGCUUACUGAAUUUUACUUUUUUAUUUCUAAAUAAUCUUAAAUAAUAUCACGAUAAAAAUAACAGAUGUUCGAAGCAAGCUAUACCAUAAUCAUUGAAUUAAUCGGUAUAAAAACCAAUGAUAAAACUGAGAAAAGGGCUCUUACCAGAAAAAGGUUUCUCCCUAUUACAAGACGAAUUCGUCAAAGUCAAUGCUCUCGCGUUACAAGAACAAUAUUAUCAAUGUAUAUUUGAGAAUAUCCAGUGAAGCCAUGCUUACUACUAAAGUUGUAAAUGAGCAUACUUUGUUUAUCAGCUGGUGUUUGUAUGCGUUAUUCAAAAAUCAAAAUUCAAGAGAAAAAAAAUAUUAUUUUUGCUCUUUCAAAAUUACAUUAUUAUUUGUACGUAUUAUCAUAUUUUCAAAUUUGUAAUUGGACAAAAUUGUAGAAUUUUUGAACUCGGUUUCUGAAUUUAAGAAAUAAUUAAAAAUGGUUUGUGAACUUGUGAAUUAAUCGUGUGUACAUUGUUCAGUUUAGCUACAAAAUCUUAUCAUCAGGCUAAUCCUUGAUAAAUAUUAAAUCUUUUUUUAAGUUAUCACAAUGUAAAUGAAUAAAUGAAUAGUAUAUUGUUAUAUGAUAAACAUGUGAAAAUAAGCAACGAGUAACCAUUGCUGUACGUAAAUUAAUCAUUGUGACUUCAUAGCCAAGUAAAAUGUAUACGAAAUCCAACUAUUUAUGUAUAUUCAAAAUUUUAUGACAUUAAAAAAUAUAUGUAUAUCUGGAAGAACUUGGUUGGCAGAUUAUUAUGUCAUCGUCACAUAGUUUGGCGUUUUAUUGAAUAAUAAUUAUGCCAGCAGGAGAAAACUGUAAUCAGUUUUUCAAUAAA